AUGCUUCCAUCAUCUCAUGAACAAACCAAUGAGACAGCCUUGCUUGGUCGACAAAUUGCGGGUGCACAGAUUGAUCGAAUUGGUAUGCUGUUGCUUGAGAAGAAAAGCCUGGAAAGGAAACGAACUGGUAGUGCACAACUAUAUGAUGACAGUGAUUCUGUGAUUUUCUCGAAACGCGCAAGAACGGUUAAAGAAACACUGUUUAAUUUGUUGCCAGUUUUGUCUGCCCAAAAUAACUGUAGAAGUGUGAGGAACGAAGGCAAUCUAAUACCGCUUAAUAGGACUUCGAAUUACAGUUUUGGCCAGAGUAGUCCUGCAGCGCUGAGUUCAAAUGAAUCAACUGGUGAUGAAUGCACUGAAGACCUUGGUGAUUCUGGUUCGAUAUCUAGCUCACUAGUUUUACUAACGAAUGUUUCGCCUUCAACAUCAGCGCAAACAUUCUGCUCGGUACCUGGGAGGUUAUCAUUAUUAUGUGCAUCCAGCAAAUACAAAGUUAGCGUUGCGGAGUUAACUCGGAGGCUUUCACCUCCAGAAUCACUGAAUGCAUCAUUAUUAGGUGGAAUAUUGAGGAGGGCUAAAUCAAAGAAUGGUGGACAAACGCUGCGUGAUCAGUUAGAACGUAUUGGCUUAAAAUUGCCGGCGGGACGAAGGAAGUCAACAAAUGUAACUUUACUGACAUCUUUGGUAGAAGGAGAAGCACAACAUCUUGCGAAGGAUUUUGCAAAUGCAUGUUCAACUGAAUUUCCUGCAAAAUUGAUUGCUCAAUGCAGAUUGAAAAAAUGUGAUACAAUGUCUGUUAUGGAACUGGAAAAAGAAAAGGAAAAAUUUAGAGCAGCAAAGCAAUUGCUUUCUGGUUUUAUGGAUAUGUUACGGCAGGACAAUAAUGCCUGGAAUAAAAAAGAUAAUAAUAUGCAAAGCUCAAUGGAAAAGUUCUCGCUAAUAACUCACACUUUUGGCACGCCGGCAAUUUUGGCAGGAUUAUCAACAUUUUUGAUGUAUGUACAAGAAUCAUUAGAUAUAUUGUCGCAACAUAGUACGAUGACAGAAUUUCAAGUAGAUAACUUUUAUGGCUCAAGCGUCUUUUGUUCACAGCAAAUCAAUGGCGCAUGUUUGAAUGAUGAAAUAAAGAAGUUUGGUAAUCGAAACUAG